GAGAUAAAUAAUAGGUUGGGUUUAUCAGCACUAUGUUUUGCCUCAUGAAACUUUGUAUGCCUGGCAGUUUGACUGCUUUAGUGGAUUUGCUGCCGAGACUUUUCUUUGUAAUUUUAUUAUCUUAUUGGAAAAAAAAUAUAUACACUCAAAAGAGUUUUACCCAUUAAUUCAAAGGGUUGCAAACAAAAGUUAAUACGUCGUUUUAAUUUUCCUUUGCAGAACUUGCUCACUGACCAUUGAUUGUAUUUUAAGAAAAUGUUCAAACGUUCUAUACAGACACAAGCAUAAUUCUUUAUAACUGAUAUCAUUAAUAAGGAAAAUUUUUAUUUCUGUUUUAAUGUUCUUUAAUUUGCUUCCCGUUAAUUUGUUUUUACAUAUUUUAGGACAAAAAAUUAAAGUAUAAAUGAAGCAGCUAACAGAAGUAAAAAUAUUGGAGGGGAAGCAAAUCAUGGCUCACCUUCUAACAUUUGCAAUAGUGUCUCUCUUCUCAGUUUCUUCUGCAACAUAUGACCUCAUCCCGGAAUUGAAUUUUUAUAGUUGCGUUGGCUUCCAUUCGACAGGAUCCUUAACCAACGUAAGCACAUUUUUGUUCGAUCAUCAUUCCCCUUCAUUUUCGUCUGUCUUUGAGUCCUCCAUCCAAAACCUCAGAUUCAACAGCACCAAUCAGAAGCUUCAAUACAUCAUCACACCCUAUCUAUACGAACACGUGCAAGCUGCCAUCAUUUGUAGCAAAAUACAUCGCUUCCUGUUUGAAAUGGUACCAGGCAUAUCGAUUAGGAUUCGAAGCGGGGGUCACGACUAUGAGGCCCUCUCUUACAAAGCUGAUGUACCCUUCAUCAUCAUCGAUCUCUUCAAGCUUAAUAAGGUUAAAGUCAAUAGCAAAGAACGCACUGCAUGGGUUCAAUCCGGUGCAACACUUGGUGAGCUUUACUACCAUGUUGCCAAUAAGAGCAGAGGAAAACUUGGUUUCACAGCCGGUGUUUGCCCUACUAUUGGUGUUGGUGGACAUAUCAGCGGCGGAGGUCAGGGCGUGUUGAUGAGGAAAUUUGGGCUUUCAAGUGAUAAUGUUGUGGAUGCAAUCGUGGUCACCGCAAAUGGAGGUAUUGUUGACAGACAAUCGAUGGGGGAGGACUUGUUUUGGGCCAUUAGAGGAGGUGGAGCUGCAAGCUUUGGAGUUGUACUUGAAUGGAAGAUCAAGUUGGCUCCGGUUCCUCCGAAGGUCACGGUUUUCACAAUCCCCAGAACCCUAGAACAAAACGCAACCAAAUUGGUUCACAGGUGGCAAGCCAUUGCAUCCAAGUUUCAUAAAGAUCUGUUCAUAAGAGUCAUUCUUUUUGUGGGAAAAGGUUCCAAUGAUGGCAAAACAAUCCAGGCCAAUUUCAAUGCCUUGUUUCUUGGCACCAUUGAUCAACUAGUCCCAUUGAUGAAAAAGAGCUUUCCCGAGUUGGGUUUGAAGCCUGAGGACUGCAAGGAGAUAAACUGGAUUCAAUCUAUUUUCUACAUUAAUGGUGAGAACCCAGGGCAGCCAUUAGAGCUUUUGUUGGACAGAAACCAUGUGCAAAAGGGCUUUUUCAAAGCCAAAAGUGAUUUUGUGACAAAACCCAUCUCAGAAAAGCACUUAGAAGCCAUAUGGAAGGUGAUGCAAGACGGUGAGGCUCCUGGUAUAAUGAUUUGGGAUCCUUAUGGUGGAAAAAUGGCUGAGAUUUCAGAAGAUUUUACUCCAUUUCCACAUAGAGCUGGAGUCUUGUACAACAUUCAGUACUUCACGAAGUGGUUUGAGGGGGGAGCUUUGGCUGAGAAGAAGCAUUUGGAAGGGAUCAAUAGGGUUUACAACUUCAUGGCUCCAUUUGUGACCAAAAACCCUAGGACUGCAUAUACUAACUACAGGGACUUGGACAUUGGAAGAAAUAUCAAAGGAACUUUGGAGGAAGCAAAGGUUUGGGGUGAAAAGUAUUUCAAAGGAAAUUUUGAGCGAUUAGCCAAGAUAAAAGGUAAGGUUGAUUAUGAAAACUUCUUCAAGAGUGAGCAAAAUUUUGUGCCAACUUAA